AUGACCAGAUUUUUCGAAUGGAAACUUUGGUAUCGUAAUAAAUCCAAACGGAACCCGUUGCUUUGGGUUGGUGCACCUUUCAUGGGUUCCAUUUUAUUGGUUUGGGUGUUUGCAAUUCCAAUUGCUCAAAUUAAAUUUACAAGAAGAGAUGAACAAGUUAAAACCCUUACAAAAGAAGAGCAGCUCGACCUCAACAAGAGGAGACGAAAAGUCAAUGUUAAUGAAGAAUAUUAUAGGAUCAUGUUAGACAAGAUGCAACAAGAAAGUGGAGAUUAUGAGAAUAAACGAGUUCCACGUUUGUCUGGAGAGCCUACAUGGGAGCCAGGUUCUUCUUCAAAUGAAGCGGAAGAUAAAUAA